AGAUGAAGAGGAAGAAUCUGAGGAGGAGGAGAAGGAGGAAGUCAAACCUAAACAUAAAGCCAAGGAACAGGUGAGACAAAAGCAGAGAGGAAAAGAACAAAAGAAAGAAGGAAAGAAACUUAAACAAAUCCAAAAGAAAGAAGACAGUGAAGAUGAAGACGAGGAGUCUGAGGAGGAAUCUGAGGAGGAGGAGUCUGAGGAGGAGGAGGAGUCUGAGGAGGAGGAGUCUGAAGAGGAGGAGGAGUCUGAAGAGGAGGAGCCAGUGAAGAUUCAAAGGCAAGGAGGCAAACUGCUAAGAAAGCCACAGAAAGGACAAAAGAAAGACAGUGAAGAGGAGGAGGAGUCGGAGGAGGAGUCGUCGGAGGAAUCUGACGAAGAGGAGGAGGAGGAGGAGGAGGAGAAACCAGUGAAAAUGAAGCGAAAUGUUAAAGAGCAGAAGAAACCAAAGCAGGGACUGAAGGACAAGAAGACGCCAACGAAAGGAAGGGCCACAGAAAGUGAGGAUGAUGAUGAUGAUGAUGAUGAUGAAGAAGAAGAGGAAGAGGAGGAGAAACCAGCGAAACUGAAGCGAAAUGUUAAAGAGCAGAAGAAACCAAAGCAGGGACUGAAGGACAAGAAGAAGCCAACGAAAGGAAGGGCAUCAGAAAGUGAGGAUGAUGAUGAUGAUGAUGAUGAAGAAGAGGAGGAAGAGGAGGAAGAACAAGAGGAAUCUGAGGAAGAGGAGGAGGAGGAGGAGAAGCCUAGGAAAGGAAAGACUAAACCAAAAGCAGCACCUUCAGGCAGACAGACAGACAAACAGACAGGCAGACAGACAGGCAAACAGACAGGCAGACAGACAGGCGGACAGACAGGUAGACAGACAGGCAAACAGACAGACAGACAGACAGACAAACAGACAGGUAGACAGACAGCUGCAGGUAAACAGCGCGCUACUAAUGGAGCCCCUGACUCCGAGGGCUUCUGGAAUGAUGUCUUACCCCAGUACUUAGACCUCAGAUAGACACACACACACACACACACACACACACACACACACACACACACACACACAUACAUACUAACUCACACAUGGUGAGAGAAAAAUACAUGCACACAGACAGACUGAUGUCUAACAUGUAUGUGUACACACCCUCAUACUCUU